AUGAAGUUUUGCAAGAAAUACGAGGAGUACAUGCAAGGCCAAGAAAAAAAACUUCCUGGGCUUGGCUUCAAGAAGCUUAAGAAGAUUUUGAAGAAGUGCCGGAGCGAUUUUCAUUCCGACAAUGCCAUUGAUGGACUCCAUGACACCCAAACAUGCCCUCACCAUUGCCCAGUGUGCGAUGGAACCUUCUUUCCUUCUCUUCUCAAGGAAAUGUCUGCAGUAGUAGCUUGCUUUAAUAAGCGUGCCCAGAAAUUGCUUGAGCUACAUCUUGCUUCUGGGUUUCGGAAGUACUUUAUUUGGUUCAAAGCCAAGCUACAAAAUAACCAUGUUACCUUAAUCCAAGAAGGAAAGGACCUCGUUACUUACGCACUGAUCAACGCCGUUGCAAUCCGAAAAAUACUAAAGAAAUAUGAUAAGGUUCAUUACUCUAAUCAAGGCCAGGCCUUCAAGUCACAAGCUCAAAGCAAGCAUAUUGAAAUUCUUCAAAGUCCUUGGUUGUGUGAGCUCAUGGCUUUCCACAUCAAUCUAAGUGAAAGCAAGGUCAAAUCAGUUUUGUUUGAGGGAUGCAACCUCACAUCUAAUGGUGAUGGCCAACACUCACUUACUUGUGAGCUCUUCGAUUCCGUCAAAGUCGAUAUUGACCUCACUUGUUCCAUAUGCUUGGACACAGUCUUUGAUCCAGUUGCUCUCACUUGUGGUCACAUAUUCUGCUACAUGUGUGCUUGCUCGAGUAAUAGCAAGACACUUCUCAAUGGGCUGUAG